AUGGUGAAACGGUUGUUGGCAGCUAAAGACUGGACGCCACUCCCUGAGGUACCGCAGGUACAACACUCACCCUCGGAGUCGGCGUAUCGUGUGGUGUGCCAAUGCACAGACGUGUCCGUUGUUCAACAUCGCUUGAUUGACAGGUACGAGCUAAAAACACUGACAGAUCACGAACACUCCGGACCCAUGUUGGACACCAUCCCGGAGGGGGUGUGGUCCAACGGUCCAUUUGACGUAGGUUGUUGUGAGUUGAAAGUAUUUUGCUUUCACCUAUCAUGGCCAAUGGUUCCAGUACACCCGCAUGCCCCAAGGUUUCAAGAACAACCCUGGUUUGUUCAAUCAUCAUUUGCGCCAGGUGUUGUCAGUUUUGCAGCUUCCAGAUGGAUGGACGAUCUCCUCCUCGCCACUGACUCUGCUGAUUGUUGUUUGCAGGCCACGGAAGCCGUGCUGCUGUGCCUGUACGAAUUGGGUUUCAAAGUCUCACGCAAAAAGCUACAAUGCUGGAGGAAAACUGUCUCCUUUCUGGGUCGUGUUCUCUCAGCUGCUGGCUACGCCAUGUCGGACGCCCAUUGUGCGUCCAUCCUCAGGCAUCCCAAGCCUUCCACGGUGUGGUCGGAGGCCCAAUAACUGCCACGGCGGUCCCAGACGGAAUGGUGUCCACCAGUGCUUCUAAACGUUACAAGAGAGAGUUCCAGACGAAUAUAAACUAGUCAAUCAGAUUGCAGCAGGUUUUGAGUCAAUUAUCC